UCGCAAAACAACAGCUGUCAAAAGGGGAAAAAGAAUUUUCCAAUCAUGAAGAUGGCUGACGGUUCUACGAUCCUCCGAAGAAACAGACCCGGAACCAAAGCAAAGGACUUCUCCAACUGGCCCGAUGAACCGUUUGAAGAGAUGGACAGCACUCUUGCAGUACAGCAGUACAUUCAGCAGAUGAUUAAGAAGGAGCCCGCCAAUGUCGAGCAAAUCCUGACGAUGCCGGACGGUCAAGACGAGGGUGUGUGGAAGUACGAACAUUUGAGACAAUUCUGCAUGGAAUUGAACGGCUUGGCUGUGCGACUACAGACGUUGUGCUUCCCUGCCACCUGCACCCAGAUGACGGCGACCGAGCAGUGGAUCUUCCUGUGCGCGGCGCACAAAACGCCAAAAGAAUGUCCAGCUAUUGACUACACACGUCACACACUGGACGGGGCCGCAUGCCUUCUCAAUAGCAAUAAAUAUUUUCCCAGCAGUCUCUCCAGGGUAUCAAUCAAGGAAUCGUCAGUGUCGAAGCUCGGCUCCGUUUGCCGGCGCGUUUAUCGAAUCUUCUCGCAUGCAUACUAUCAUCAUCGGCGAAUAUUUAACGAGUUCGAAGAUGACACGUAUCUCUGCUUACGGUUUACGCACUUUGUUACUAAGUACUCGCUGAUGUCGAAAGAAAAUCUUAUUGUUCCGAUUCCGGAGGGGGAACUAACGCCCGGUGAAAGUGAGGCUUAAUAUAUUGAAACAUAAAACCUAAAACAUAACUGCUUUUACGAUCUAGACUAUACCUAACAUUUCUGUUUGUGCGUUUUGACAUAAUGUUACUCAUUUUAUUUGUGUAACGAAUUGAUUUCCUUAAUCUGUUAUUUUUAACCUGUGUAUACUGUAGUUACGGUGAGCAGAGAGGUACACUUUCUGUGAUCCGUUCCAAGUCUUUCAGUGCUCAUAUUUACAACUUCAUACCGGAAAUUUCCUUUCGAGAAAUACCUCUCGGACAUUGGACAGUGAGUUUCCUCUUUCACAACAUCUUACAAUUAUACGAAAAUGGGCGCAGCAUGAAAGUUUAUAAUCAAAGGCAAACAUAUUUGUAAAACUCGAAUCAUAAAACCAAGAGGAAACAGAACUUAAUGGGCAUAUGGAUAUUGGAUAAAACGUCAUUCAAAAAUUGUAUAAUCUACUCGACAAAAGAAAACGUGUAAAAUUAAAAGUAUUUAACGAUUGAACAGUAAUUUAAUUUAUAUUAAAAGAAACAUGUAGACUACCAGUAAACAAAAAAAAAACACAAACAAUAACUAUCUCUUAAGAAGCAUAUUCGACCUGGGUGAGAACAUAAAAAAAAAGGAAAACAAACAAACGCUAGAACGUCCACAACCACCAAUCUCGAGGUCCUCUAUUUCAUCAAAUCUCUACCACUAGCGGAAUGCAAGGUUUUUUUUCUCCCGUGGCGUGUUAGUCUUAAACGGAAAAGCGUGUUAGAAGAGGAAACAUCUGUCUAUUUUUUAACAUCAGAAAAAUGGUUAUCUUCAACCUAUCAGUUUAGUAAAGAAAACAAAUGUGUAUGAUACGAUUCCUUAGCAAACGGAAACGGGAUAGAGAACAAUGCAAGCAUUACAAAAAAAGGGAAGAUAAACUUUGUUCAUAGAGUUAACUAGAAACAAACAAGUAUGUGUCCGUUUUUUACGCUACUCGAAGUUAGAAUAAAAGCAGUAAUUCAUGAUGAAUCACGGGAAUUUAUGGGAUCCGCAACAGAAAAGAGAAUAAACUGUGUUUAGCAAAUACUAUAUAGUCACUCACCACCAUUAAUAAUGCAAAAUACAAAAAAGAAAAAAAAAACAUACGCAAAGGAAGUGUUGAAAGAAAUCACUUGAAAAAAUGUUUACACCUAAAAGGAGAGAUUAUGUAAUUUAGCAGCGGGAGGAAGUCAAAUAAAAUCAUUAGUAAUAUGAUCAUUUAA